GGGAGAUGAGACUGUUAUCUGGUCUGUUGAUGUUGGUUUAUACAGUCAGACGUUAAGCGUGAAGAGGGCAGUUGAGGUGCAAACAGAGGUCUAUUGGGGACUGCAAAGUGAAGACCGUUUCCAACACAUCAGCAAUCUGAUAUAGCUGUGUUAAAAAAGCAAAUCUUGAGGGUCACCUGAAAUCACCCAUUGCCCCAGUGACAAGGUGCAAAAAUGCAUCUGGGUCAGCAAAACCCUGUGGUGGAUGGCCUAUCCUUAAAGGAGCUGGGGGACAGUGUGCUGGUGGAGAUAGAGCCUCGGAGGAAAGGACUGCCAUUUCUCAAGCAUGUGGAGUACCGUAUUGUUAGCAAGUGUUUCCAGAUCCCGGUUCAGCGCAGGUAUGCUGAUUUUGAGGUGUUCCAUAGUCUACUACUGCAAAAGUUCAUCUACAGGAUGGUCCCACCUCUGCCCCCCAAACGCAUCCUUAAAGGCGUUUUGAACUCAAUAUCAGACCGAGAGUUUAAUGAUAGUCGCCGCCGUGGUCUACAAAGGUUCAUGACCUUGGUGAUUAGACAUCCAGUCUUAGCAGGAGAUGAGUUGGUCAGCAUCUUCCUGUCAGCAAGCAGCGCAGAUGUUCAAAACAUGCUGCGUGAUGCGUAUAAAAAGACAGGUGAUGAGUAUCUUACCUCCCAAAUGAACUUGCACGGCAAGGUGUACCUACCUGAGGACAUACAGAACCAUGCUGCCACUAAUCGAGAGGUCAUUGCAAAUAUCCACAGCAGUUUCAAUAAACUCAGAGAUGUAGCUGAGCGGAUGGCUCAGCGCUCGCGGGAAAACUCAUCCGAUCUGCUUAUGUUUGGUAAAGACCUGAGUGAACUGGGCUCAGACACAUCAGACCUGCCAGUGAAUGCCACAAUGAGCAAAGCAUGGAAAACACAGAGGAAGUCACUUGUAGAGAUGUCAGGAGAAUUUGGUCUUCUUGCCGACAAAGCUGCACACCAGGGCAGCAGAGAGGAGGAUGAGGUGGUGGAGAAACUCAAUCUUCUCCUUGAACAGCUGCAGUCAUAUAAAGACUUGUGUAACCGCCAUGACAGCGGUGUGUUACUAGAGCAUCAGAGAGCAUUUGAAAAGCGCGGCGGGCCUGUGGCUACACACUUAAAGUACCAGAACAGCUUUGAGCAGCCAGAGUCUCGACUCACACAGCAGGAGAACACAAUUAUCACCAUGGAGAUGAGGGGAUAUUUCUCCCUUUUGUGUCUGCAUCAAGAAACCCAGCUGGUCUUCACCUAUCUGCCACUUGUGACUUCAAUACUGGGGACAUUUGUCCACUCACAAAUACAAGGGCACAAAGAGAUGGGUGAUGUGUGGGGUGACCUUCAUCCAAAACUGAAGGAUCUGUUUGAAAGUGCUAAUGAAGCCUCCUCUCGCUCUUCUUCUCAAACACACACCUCCAGAGGACAGAAGACUUGUGCCAUCAUUGGGCCUGCACAACCAGGACAGCAAAUAUGAGGGAAAUUAUCAGUACCCAAUAACUCUGUCUAUUGCUUCAUGUCUUGUGUUUUCCUUCUCUUGACUGUACAUGCUUUAACACCUUUCUUCAUGACUUUUCCACAGUGGCCUCAAAACAUAUUUGAACAAAUUAAGCACAACUAAACAUUCCAUUAGAUGCAAAAUUAAAACUGUAUGCUAAUAAAUGAUGCAACUAAUCGCAUUUUUGUUUACCAUUUUUGCACAUACUUUUAAUCGAGAUUAUUGUAGUUAACUAAAACAAAACAAAAACAUUUUCUUUGUCUGAAAUAAAAUCAAUUUGAACUGAGACAGAAUAAAAUAUAGAAAAAAAUAAAUGUGGAAAACCUGACAUUAUUUUAUUUCAGCUACAACAUUUCUAAAUUUCAUUUAGUUUUACUUGAUUUACUAAAAUAACUACUACUACUACUAAUAAUAAACUAUAUACAUCUUUAAAAUGACAAAGCACACAACAAUAUUACUAAAAAUUAACAGAAAAUGUAUUUUUUUUUAAUUCACAAUAUUAAAAAAAUGUUAUUCAGAAUAUUAUAAAAAAAACGAUUAUAGUAUCUAUAUGUAGUGAUAUGCAGUAAUACAUUUUGAGGCCACUGAAUAUCAAGAAAAUAUAAUUAUUUAAAAAAAAAAUUGUAGACACCCUUUUGAGAGCAAUUUCUCUCUCUUUUUUCAUUUAAUUCUCAUUAAUUUUUCUAUUAUUUUAAUGUUUGAUGCAUAUGGUUACAUAUUUACAUAAAUAAUCUUCCAAAGCCUGUGGUCAGUUCAUAUACCUCUUUUUUUGACAACCUUAAUUUUGACAGGAACUUACAUAAUAUUAAAAGAUUACAUGUGUUAUCCUUAAGAUAUAAGGCUACAGUUUGAAUAUGGAUGAAAAGGUUAGAAAUCACCUGUUUUCAGAAAUUCCUAGAAAUACAAACAAUAUUCUGAAAAAAAAAAAAAAAAAAAAAAACUUUUUUCCAAGCAAGACCAGCUGAUUUAAUGUUGAGAAAGCACGUGACCUCGAAAACUAUCCACUGGUGUCACACAGGACAAACAAAUGGCACUAUAUAAUUUAGUAAUCCUAGAUUUAAGGUAUGAUACAUUACCAGACAGUAUUUAUACAGGAGUUCUGUUGGUGUAAUUGUUUUUAGUAACAAAUCUGUAGUGUAUAAAAUCUAACAUCCCGCCAUCCACUUUCCGACACCAGUUGCCAUGCAACUUAAAAAAAUAGUUCACCCAAAAAUUUACAUUUGCUGAAAGUUUACUCACAAUACAUUAGUUGAUGGACCCUAUGAUGUGGAUUAUUGUGAUGUUUUUAUCAGCUGUUUGGCCUCAUGCAGACGGCACCCAUUCACUCCAGAGGAUGCAUUUUGAGCAAGUGAUGCAAUGAUAAAUUUCUACAAAUUUUUUCCAAUAAAAAUAAUAACUCAUA